UAUUUCAUAUCCAUAUUGCACGAAUUCAGCAUGUGCUCAAAUAAUUGGAUAGUAAGGCACACUUCUAGCGCACUGGAACGCACCAUACGUUCUUCCAUGAAGUACGUAACAUUUCGCUGAAAAACAACGUUUUCAACACGGGUUCCUAAAUGACUGUGGUGGCAGCCAGCAUCACAUAGAAGAUGAACAUGGGUGAUUGGGAAAACAGAUUGAAGAAGGUGGAACAACUUGCUCAGUCCUUCCAGCAGUGUCCUUUGACCUCAUGCUACAAACCUAGGCUGUCCCGGCCAUGGCAGCCAUCCUCCAUAUGGAAGCUCUUCCCUCGUCAAUGUAUGGCUAUAAACUUUGCACAGAGUUGCAGAGAGGACGUACACGUGUUUGCACUUGAGAAGGAACAGGCAAAGAUGGGUCAGAGGAUCUUCCUGGUCACCAGUUACAGUGAGCUAUGGCAUUACUACAGUACCUACAGGCAAUCUCUGAUGCAUUGCUAUGAGGUGAUCCCAGAGGGGGCUGUUUGCAAGCUAUAUUUUGACUUGGAGUUCCACAGGCCCUCCAAUAAGGGCUUUGAUGGGAAGUGCAUGGUGGCCUCCCUCAUCCAGUAUGUGUGUGAGAAGCUGGAGGAGGUGUAUGGGAUUGAGUGCUCUGGGAAAGAUGUUCUGAACCUUGACUCCAGCACAGAGGAAAAAUUCAGUCGCCAUCUCAUCUUCAUUUUACCAAAUGCAGCUUUUAAGGAUAACCUACAUGUCGGGCAAUUUAUCCAUUUGAUUCUGCAACCAGUGCUGAGCGUGAAUAGGAGGGGAAGUGAACUUGAGAAUGACAUGGGUGGAGUCACAGAGGACAGUGGCAAAAGGGGGCUGAUUGGAAGUCCACAGGCCAAGAGGCCCAGACAGGAAGAGAGGGACCUCAGCUUCCUGUUGGUGAAAAACAAGGACGGACAGGGUGGGCUUUUUGUUGACCUCGGUGUGUACACCAAGAACAGAAACUUCCGUCUCUACAAGUCAUCUAAGGUGGGGAAGAAUGUAGCCUUCACUGUCGCAGAGGACAACAAGUUCAUCACUAAGCCUAAAAGGAACGUCUCUGCAGAGGAGAGCUUGUUCCAGUCCUCCUUAAUCAGCAACGUAAGUUUCUCCGGUCAGAAGAUUCUGACAUGGGACCUCCAUGACGAGAGGGACGGGAUAUGCCCCAAGCCUCAUGCUCAGCUGGGUUCGACUUCACACUGUGUUUCAGACUCUUUGGGAGGCUACCAGUGUUCUCCCCACAAAGAAGUGGACAACUUUGUUCUUUCUGUGGUGAAAAAGGAUGGCAUCCAAGGAAGCAUACGACGGUGGAAUUACUUUGUUUCAGAGCAGUUACUUGUCUACGACAUCCUAAAGUACCGCUGGUGUCAGAAUGUUCACCGGUGCCACAAAAGCAACAACAUCAUGAUUCUGGUGGAUCUUAAACAGGAGGUCUGGUACCAGAAGUGUCAUGACCCUGCUUGCAAGAGCUUCAGAUCUUCUAGUUACCCAUUACCACAGGACAUCUGCGUCAGCUACCUCAUAACAAUGGAUGAGGAGGACCAGGCAUAUCUGAUGGACGACGUGGGGAACAUCGAGCUCAGCCAGACACUCCCAGUGGAGAAGUACCUGGGGGGCUCGGCAGCAAAACUUCCCCAGGGAGAAGACCGCGAUCCCUGGGGGGAUGACCAGGCUUACCUGGAGGCCCUGGAGGAUGUUGAGAGAAGCACAGGCGAUUUGGCAGAGGACGAUGUCCCAGAUGAGCUUCUGCUCCAAACCAUGAAUUCAAGCAUUGCCAUGGACUCAGAACAUCCAAUUAUGUUUCUAUAUGAACAAUUGUAUUUGAGUGAAAAUGCAACAACAAAAAAUUAAUGUUUUUAGAUUAAGUAGCUCUCAUGGUAGAAAAUGUUGGACGCGUUAUAGUGUGACAAUUACCACAAAUGUCUGGGAAUAUGCCAUUAAAAAGAGCAUCGUCAGCUGUGUAGUGCGCUGCACAAUAAAGCACCUUGCAUUGAAUGUCGGCCCUACUGGUUCUGAUAGCGUAGAAUUGUAUAUAGGAUGUUUCUGAUAACUGAACGUUUACCAACUCCUUACCCGUUUUCUGGUCCUUGUUUGUUCUGGAUUAUUUUCUGGGUGAUACGACUGCGAACUAUUUCUGCAAAUUGAGUCACCAAGCAUGGAAGGAAGCUAAAGUAAUUCCACUGCCUAAAAAUAGUAAAGCACACUUUGCUGGCUCUAACAGCCAUCCAAUCAGUUUGCAGCCUGUUCUUAGUAAACUGAUGGAGAAAAUUGUGUUUGACCAAAUACAUUUUACAUUUAGCAGACUUACAGUAGUGAGUGGAUACAUUUAUUUGUACUGGUCACCCGUGCAAAUCGUACCGACAAUCCAGGCGUUGCAAGUGCCAUGCUCUACCAACUGAGCCACACAAGGGAAUUCUUCAGGCACUCAACUAGUACUGCAUUGACGAAAAUGAAAGAUUGGUUAAAAUAAAUGGAUAAUAAGAUAGUUGGAGCUGUAUUGUUAGAUUUCAGUGUAGCCUUUGAUCUUAAAAUUGUUAAAGAAACUCACUUGCUAUGACUUUACGUCACCUGCAAGCACAUGGUUGGAUAGUUAGCCAAUAGAACCCAGUGUCAAAUGGAUGUUUAACAUCAGAUAUGUAAAGUGCAGUGUCCCUCGUUCCGUUAAGCCUCUAUUUUUAGAAAUGAUUUGCCACAGGUCCUAAACGAAGCUAAAAUGACUAGAUGAUUCCACACUUAACAUGUCAGCACCCAAAAGCCAGUGAGCUCACUGAAAUUCUAAAUAAAAAGAUUUAGUAUCAGAAUGGGUGGUUAAUAAUAAACUAGUCUUAAAUACAUAAAACUAAAAGCAUUUUAUUUGCUUCAAAACAGUAAGACCUCAACCUCAACUGGAGUUGUGCAUAAAGGGUGUGACCACUGAGUAGGUUGAGGAAGCGAACUCCUUGGUAUAACAUUGGAGGGUCAAUUAUCAAGUCAUGAAGAUGGGGGAAUGGUGCAUGUAUUUAAAAAAAUGUUUAUACAACAAUCAACUGUACAAGUUGUUGAUUACUGUCCAUCUGGUAAUAUGGUGAAGUGCGGCAAAGAAAGCCCUAGCAAAGCUGCAGUUGGCUCCAAACACAGCAGCCCAUACAUUUUUUAUUUUUUUAUUUUACCUUUAUUUAACCAGGCAAGUCAGUUAAGAACAAAUUCUUAUUUUCAAUGACGGCCUCACAUAAGAUGCACGCCAGUCUAUCCUGGGUGAGGGUUCAUGAUAGAUUAACUGCUUCUCUUCUAGUUUGAGAAAUAUUACUGCAAAUGAAAAUUCCAGGAUUGUAUGCAUUAUCAAAUAGCAUUUAAUUUAGACACCUAUACAUAUCCCACAACACAUGCCACCAGGGGUCUAUUCACAGUCCCGAAGUCCAAAACGAAUUCACAGCAACGCACAUUAUUAUACAGAGCCAUGAAUGUAUGGAACUCCCAGUUACAAUUACUCAAGCAAAUAUCAAAAUUACAUUUUGGAAACGGAUUAAACAUCUCAUGGAGCAGAGGGAACUAUGAGGCAACAAACAUUUAAAUGCAUUGUUUGUAUAUUGUAUUUUUUUUAAUUUUGUGACUGUCCUUGUCUAUCAGUGUUUUGUUACUUGUCAUGUACUGUGUUUUUUGUGGACCCCAGGAAGAGUAGCAGAUGCUUCUGAAAACGCUAAUGGGAAUCUAAAUAAACAAAUAAUGAAUGUUUAA